CUAGGACAGCAUUUGAAAUGAGCAAUGAGACAUUUGUCACUGAAUUCAUCUUCUUGGGAUUUUCAAAUCACCCCAACUUGCAGGGCUUCUUCUUCCUCGUCUUCCUGGUCAUCUACCUAACAACUCUCCUGGGGAAUGUCCUCAUAAUAAUGGCCACCAGGAUCAGUCCUGCUCUUCACACUCCAAUGUAUUAUUUCCUCAGCAACUUGAGCUUCUUAGACAUCUGCUACACAUCGACCACCAUUCCCGUCAUGUUGGUAAACUUCUUCCGAGAGGAAAAGACCAUCUCCUAUGAAGGCUGCCUUUCCCAGAUGUUCUUCCUUCUGACAUGUGCUGGCACCGAAGGCGUCUUACUGGCUGCCAUGGCUUAUGAUCGCUAUGUGGCCAUUUGCCGCCCUCUUCAGUAUCCAGUACUCAUGAGUGGGAAGGUCUGUGUUUGGCUGGUGACUGGGUCCUGGCUCUGUGGACUGGUGAAUUCUGUGAUACACACGGUGCUGGCAGCGACACUCACUCUGUGUGGGCCCAAUGAGAUCAGCCACUUCCUCUGUGACAUCCCCUUGCUCCUGAAGCUCUCUUGCUCAGACACUUCUGUCAAUGAGUCAGUGCUCCAUGUGGCCAGCGCCACCAUUGGCCUGAGCCCCUGCCUAUUUACUGCCGGGUCCUACGUACUCAUCAUCUCAGCCAUCCUUCGGAUCCCCUCUGCUCAAGGCAGGAGCAAGUCCUUCUCCACCUGUGCAUCCCACCUGACAGUGGUGGUCAUCUUCUUUGGAACAGCCAACUUCAACUAUGAUAGGCCGAGUGAAGGCUACUCCUUGGACAUGGAUAUUCUGGUCUCUGUUCUCUUUUGUGUAGUGACCCCCAUGUUGAAUCCCAUUAUCUACAGCCUGAGAAGUAAGGAUGUCAAGAGUGCCCUAAAGAAGCUGACUACGUGGUUUGUACACCCUGACAAUAUGAAUGUCUAG